AUGGCCGAUGAGAAUGACCGCAACGUGCUCAAAAAAAAGGUGACGGCUGGUCAGUUAUACCCUCACCCAACAGAUAAUGCUAUCAUAGUCACGUAUUUCGUCCAGUUGACCCUCCGGGGCGAUAAUGGUCAACCUGAAACUCAGGAAAGGAAGGAGAGACAGAAAAUUAUUCCAAUCCCGAAUCUGGACUCGUCAGUUUCUGCUCUGGCGUCAGAGAUGUUGAGCUCCUGCAAACUCAUACCGUCAAACAAACGAGAUGCUCUGGAAUCCAUAAUCCUCGAGCUUCAGAAUAGACCACCAGCAUUACCAGACAAAUCCCUGCAAAGGCGAUCCAGUCAAUUACGUUCCAAUGACCCUAUGUCACCUCCCUCAUUAACUUCACCUACAUCGCCGUAUCAGGAACAAGCAACUCUCGAUCGAGUAGACGACUACAUUGAGCUACUCUACGAAGAAAUGCAAGACAAGAUUCGUGCUGCCCGACUUAUACUUCAGCUCACACAAAACCGACAAAGUCUUGAGGCUCUUGUACUCAAUGAGUCUCUCAUGUCAGCACUAGCACGUGUCCUUCGAGAAGAAGCACGAAAAUCGACAGACUUGACCACCAGCAUCAUCAGCAUCUUUUACGCCAUUUCUAAUAUUGCCAAUUUUCAUCCAGUCUUGACUCAGCAUAAAGUCGGAGAUGCGUGUUUACGUGUUGUGGAUCAAGAAGUGGCCAGGUGUAGCUUGUGGAGGGAGGAAUUAGGUGUUCUUCGAGCCAAAGCAUCCAAGAAUCCAAGACUUGCUUCAGAGUUAGAGCAAGAACAAAAGCGUCAUGAGACGCUGAUUCGAAAACAAGAUCAGCUCCUGUUUGCUUCGGUGCACCUACUACUAAAUAUGGCAGAAGAUCCUACCAUUGAAGUCAAAAUGGUUCGACGUGGAAUCAUUCCACACUUGACAUUCUUGGUAGAUCGUAACAUGGCAACUGCCUCAACAUCGCCAGCACUUCCAAUGCUAUCCCUCAACUUUUUAAAGAAGCUGAGUGUGUAUCGUGAGAAUAAGGAUGCACUUGUGCAGUCUGGCUCAGAACUGGUGUCGAAACUUGAGAAACUGCUCACUUACGCUCAUCAGGGAUUGACCACUCUAUCUUUACGACUCUUGUUGAAUUUGUCGCACGAUGGCAAUUUCAGACAGGUUCUAGCAAACCCAAAUAUGCUUACUUGCCUGAUGAAACUCUCAGCAGACAGAAAUCACGCUCAAAAUUCAAUGCAGCUCAUGUACCAAAUCAGUAUCGAUAUGCCUGCAAGGAAUCUGUUUUCUGGGCAGGAAACCGUCAGAUCGAUAAUGAAACAGAUGCUAGAGUCUCGAGGAGAACGCAUCCCAAUAGAGCUUGCCGCUGUAGCAUGUAACAUGGCAACGCAUCGCCCAUGUGCUGAAAUAUUUGUCGGAGAUGGUGGAUUACGGUUCUUAAUGCGACGAGCCAUAAAGACUCGGGACAGUUUCUUGAUGAAGGUUGUGAGGAAUCUGGCUGUCUGUGGAGGACAGCAUUUGCAAACUGCGUUUUUGGAAUUCGUCGACGAUUUAUGCCACACCCUAUUCAGAUCAUCACCGCCCACGUCCGACUUUUUUGUGGAAGCACUGGGAACACUAUCAGCACUAUCCAUCCCAUCAUUCGACUACGUGAAACUGUGUGAAACGUAUAACCUGCUAGACAUGAUUAUUCCCCGGCUGACUACAUCAGCCAGGAAUCGAUCUCAUGGUGACAAUGACGAUGAUAUAGCUUUGGAAUAUGUGUGUUUAGUGGGCAGUAUGGCAGCUGAUGAUGAUUUUGUUGCGGUGGCUGAACAGAGAGGGUUGUUGGCUGUGCUUAUGGAUUUGAUGAUUGCCAAAGAAGACGACGAUGAAAUGGUUUUACAAAUCAUUUAUGCUAUCUAUCACUUCCUGCUGCAUCCAAGUUCGCGAACAGUCUUGUUGCAACGGACACAGCUUGUUUCGUAUCUCAUUGACCUUCUAUAUGACCGAAAUGCAUCGAUUCGGAAAAUGUGUGAUGUUUGUCUGGACAUCAUUGGGGAAACGGACGCUGAAUGGUCUGCCCGCAUACGCCGCCAACGCUUCCGACAUCACAACGCAGCAUGGCUACGAUGCGUAACCGAAUCAUCCUCCCAUUUCAGACCAAUGUCAGCAUCCCAAUCCUCCGAUAUCCUCGGCGCUUCAUCAAGACUCGUAUACUCUGCAGGAGUACUCGGUUCCGCCUCCGUUCGUCAAUCCUCGCCUCCGAGACAACAAGAUUACUAUCAAGACGAACAGGACGAAGAGGAAGAUGAUUAUUAUGGACGGCCACAACCUGUGUGGGAUUAUAGUCACAUCGGAGGAAGUCAAGCACUUUUGGAUGGUCCUGAUUUUGACUUAUGA